AAUGUCAUGCUCUAUCUGAAUCACAAAAGAAAAAAUUUGGGUUCAGUGUCCCUUUAAUUUGGACUUCAGGUUUUAAAAGAACAGUUCCUUUUAAAACAUGAAUAUCUUCAGAGUAGAACUUAGAGAAAUAUAACAAUAAGUAUGCAUGACAAAAUAGAUAUUGGAUUUUACAUUUGAAUGCUAUUAUUAUUAUGAUAAUUUAUUUGUAGAGCAGAUUCCACAGCACUAUAAACAUAGGUGGUAUACAAUGUAACAUUUAUAGGGAUCAAAUGGGUAGAGGGCCCUGCCGAGAGUCGCACUGUUGUAGUCAGCUCUUAUGAAGGUGACCUGCAAACAGUUGUGCUCUUAGGCAUACACGAUAAGGGGGUUCAAGGGGAUAGCAAUGGAGGAGAGGAACUGGUAUUAGGAAAGGUUAGUGUAGGUUGUAUGCAUCCCUGAACAGAAGAGUCUUUAGGGAGCGCUUGAAGCUUUUAAAACUAGGGGAGAGUCUUGUGGAGUGAGGCAGAGAGUUCCACAAGAUGGGAGCCAGUCUGGAGAAGUCCUGUAAACAGGAAUGUGAGGAGGUAACAAGAGUAGGAGGUUGUGAGCAGAGCAAAGGGGACGGGAGGGAGAGUAUCUGGAGAGAAGGAUAUAGGGGGAUAUAAAGGGGAGCAGUGCUAUUGGGGGCCUUGAAUGUCAGAGUGAGGAUUUUGUGUUUAAUCUUGAAGGCAAGAGGAAGCCAGUGAAAAGGAUUGGCAGAGAGGUGCAGCUGAUGAAGAGCGACGUGUAAGGAAGAUGAGCCUGGCGACAGCUAUGGAGACCAGAGAGGAUGGAGUUGCAAUAGUCGAGACGGGAAAGGAUGAGAGAGUGGAUUAAAAACUUAGUUGUGUCUUGUAAAAGAGGAAGACUUGAAAAAAUGUGGAGAUGCUGUGAAUUUGAUACAUCUCAUUUUGGAAAAGUUACAAGCACUGAUUCUGUAUGGCUUUCUUUUGGAAUCAUAUUUUGUUUUUCAGUCUACAAGAAGACUUAUACCUUUGAUUUGUUUUUCACGUUGGUUAAACUAUUGCCUCUAUUUAGAUAUGUUCAAGCUACAAGAUGGAAUUCUAUUGGCUCCCUGUAAAUACUGGGGCAAAUGUAAGACUACUUUUGAUUUGACAGAUUGAGAGCUAUCUUGCGCCAUACUGAACCCCCACAUCCCCUGCAUGUCUUCGGAAUGUCUUUAUAUGAAGAAGACAGGGGAAGCUACAGCAGAGGUCUUGGCAGAAGAACUCUUUGUAGCUUGUUGUUUGCUUUGGUAAUUACUGCACUAGUUCUUGCAUCUUACAUUUUGUCUGGAGGCCGACCAGAUCUGUUCCAGGCACCCUCAGAAUCUAGAGACUUCACCUUUAGUUCCAACCUUACGGGCACCAAGAGUGAGGCUGCACAACUUACUAAACCUUGUGUGGUCAACUACACAUAUGUUACGUCCCAUCUUGGCAACUCUCUUCCAGAAGAUGGAGGAAUUCAGCUCACACAACGGAAGAUCCCAGAUAUUGAAGAAAUGGAGCGCUAUGAGCCCCAUUUAUAUUCCGUGAUCCCACACAACUUUCUGCAGUUGAGUCUAAGCCCUUGCUGGUACCAGGAAUACAAGGGGAACCAUAGCAACGAUCCCUACAGAUCCAACGCUUAUGCAUUUUACUCCAAGCGCUUCCAUUCCAUUUUUGCGGAAUUGAGAAAGAGCUUUUGGGAGAAGCUGCAGCUAAAAGAGGGACGUAGAUACCGCAUGCGCUGCCUUCCUUACUUCUAUAUCAUUGGACAACCCAAAUGUGGCACAACAGACCUUUACGAUCGCCUUCGCCUCCAUUCCAGAGUUCGCUUCUCUGUUAUUAAAGAGCCACACUGGUGGACAAGAAAACGCUUUGGAAUUGUGAGGCUGAAGGAGCCAUUGCAAAGCCCAUUCCCAUUGGAGGAUUACCUGGACCUGUUUGAUUUGGCAGCUCAAGAAAUUCAAGGCCAACAUCAUGGUCACAAUGCAGCAGAAGAAAGCAGUAUAGACCCUCUGAUCACUGGAGAAGCCAGUGCCUCAACUAUGUGGGAUAACAGUGCAUGGACAUACUUUUAUGAUAAUGUCACAAACACUGAACCCCCCAUCCUUAUACAAGAUUACAUCCAUGCGUUCCAACCUAAUGCUAAGUUCAUCAUGAUCCUCCGAGAUCCUGUGGAGAGGCUGUAUUCUGACUAUUUGUACUUUGCUAUUGCAAACAAGUCUGCUGAAGAUUUCCACGACAAAGUGAACGAGUCCUUGCAAAUGUUUGGUAGCUGCCUGCAAGGGUCCUCUCUGAGAGCCUGUGUCUAUAACACCGCGUUUAGUAAUACAGUGCCGGUGCGAUUACACGUGGGUCUUUACAUUGUGUAUCUAUGGGACUGGCUGUCUCUAUUUAGGAUGGAUCAGUUCCUGAUAAUGCGACUGGAAGAUCACGCAGCCAAUGUGACACAAAGUAUGAGGAUGGUAUACUCCUUCCUUAGUCUAGGACCUUUAAGUGACAAAGAGGAAGCCUCAGUCAUACAGAGUCCAGCAUCUAAUAGUCGUCGCCCAGAAGACUGCAGCUUGGGGCCUAUGUUCCCACAGACCAGACAAAUUCUCAAAGAUUUCUACCGUCCUUAUAACCAGAAGCUGGCCCAGCUACUAGCAGACAAUUCAUAUUUAUGGGAGUCAUAGCAAAGCCACGGUCACAUUCUAGCUCCAAGCUUGAUCAUUCACACACUGCCGAACAGUGAGAAAGCUACAUGAUGCACUGACACCUAGUGGCCCAGAUGUGGAAUUACAAUAAAGUAGAAAUUUAUUGAUGUGUUGAAUGGAUAAAAUAUGAAGCUGGCAAGUGUAAAGAAGGCUGUAGAUGGUGCCCAGAAUUGGAAAAUCUAAUGUUGAAAUGGAAGGAUUAAAACCAAAAGAUAGCUGGAUAUAUUCACACAGUAUCCAAAAUCAGAAAUUACAGCCAUGAGAAGUUAUGUGUAUGUGCUGACAUCUACUGUUGGAAUUUUGUAAUUACGCCUGUAAAUCAAUCAUCUGAAACUGACGAUAAACACUGUAAUUUAUUUUUUGUUUUAAUAUAAAAAUAGUUUUUGCCUUGCAAGGAAACUUGAGUGCAUCAUUCUGAGAAGAAUUUGAGCAGCCUAAGUGUAUUACUCUGGAAUGAAGUUUACACAAAGUUCAGGCUUCCGUGUAAUUUCUUGUAAAAACAUUAACAGUUAUGUUUUAGAGAGACAAUUAAAUGAAAUGUCCUUUUCAGAAAAUAUGUUUGUCUGUUGGAGAAUGUUGUAUUUUGUGAGGAGAUUCUUUACUAUUGUGAAAGAGAUUUUUUUAUUUGAAAAGGAUAAUGGCGUUUUUAGCUAUCACUAGUCUUGUAAGUUUUUUUUUAUAUUGUUAUUUUAAUUUGUAGACCAUCAACAAAUUCUGCAGCAGAACUUGGCUGCUUAAAUUGCUAUCCUGUUAAAGUGAGUUUUUCCAUUUAAGCAAGAUGGGAUUUGAAUAAAGUUAAAUAUACACAUUUUAUAUGUAUAAAUGUAAAGCUUUUUAUAUUAAAGGGACAGUCUGCACCAGAAUUCUUAUGGUUUAAAAAGAUAGAUGAUCCCUUUAUUACCCAUUCCCCAGUUUUGUAUAACCAACACAGUUAUAUUAAUACACUUUUUAUCUAUGUGAUUAUCUUGUAUCUAAGCUUCUACAAACUGCCCCGUUAUUUCACUACUUUUGACAAACUUUCAUUUUAGCCAAUCAGUGCUGGCUCCUAGGUAACUCCACGUGGGUGAGCAUAGUGUUAUCUAUAUGAGACACAUGAACUAACACCCUCUAGUGGUGAAAAACUGUCAAAAUGCAUUCAGAUAAGAGGCCGUCCUCAAGGUCUAAGAAAUUAGCAUAUGAACCUCCUAGGUUUAACUUUCAUCUAAGAAUACCAAGAGAACAAAGCAAAAUAGUUUUGUUGUUAAAAAUAAAUUGUAAAGUUUAAAAUUAA